CUUUUUAAAUCUUCCAAAUGAAGAUAUUCUUUACAAACAUUAAAAUGUGACAUUUUUAUAAUUUUUUGUUUCAAUUGAGUCUAAAAUACAUCGAAAUGGCAUCUAGCUUUGCAGAAACAACGUCUGAAUCAGACAGUGAUGAGGACCCCAUCCAGCCCCCUGUCAAGAAGCUACGUACCAAGUAUCAUGAUUCAGAAUCAGACAGUGAUUCGGACCCGAUCGAGUCCCCUGUCAAGAAGCAACGUACCACCUAUAAUCCUCAUGCUGAGAAGAUGAUGGCCAAGAUGAGCAACAAAGCAGGAACAGGUCUCGGAAAAAAUGCACAAGGAUUAAGUCAUACAUGCCAUAAUGUCCCAGACGACCGGGAUUGUCAGGGAAAUCAGCCGACCAUCCCGGAGGUGUCCCAGAAAAGAUUAUUUCAGGAAUCAGACAGUGAUUCGGACCCGAUCGAGUCCCCUGUCAAGAAGCAACGUACCACCUAUAAUCCUCAUGCUGAGAAGAUGAUGGCCAAGAUGAGCAACAAAGCAGGAACAGGUGAGAUGUCCCGGAAAAGAUUUUUUGAGGAAUCGGACAAUGAUGGGGAACCGAUCGAGCCCCCUGUCAAGAAGCCACAUACCACCUAUGAUGCUGUCAAGAAGCCACAUACCCAAUAUAAUGCUUUUGCUGAGAAGAUGAUGGCCAAGAUGGGCUAUAAAGAAGGAAAAGGUCUUGGAAAAAAUGCACAAGGUCGUGUAAACAUUGUUGAAGCAUCUAUGCAAAGGGGGAGGAGAGGUCUUGGCUUAACACUGAAGGGGCUAGAGCCAUCAAUGGAAGCUGACUGGAAUGAAGAGGACGAUCAGGUUAUCAUAGACGAGGUGGUAGAGUGGUUACCAUGUUGUGAGGAAGCAGUUCCAUCUAUAGAGGUUCUGAGAAACUGGAAAACAAUAGGACCAAAAAAGUUGACAUUAGACAAUGAGACACAGUUCUGUACAGAAAAUACUCUCGAAGAAGUUCUCAGUAGUAAGAGUAUAUUUGACAGACUGGAACCUGAAGAGAUGAGGAAAGCUAGAACCAGGUCUAAUCCAUAUGAAACUAUCAGAGGGGCUUUCUUUCUUAACAGGGCAGCUAUGAAGAUGGCAAACAUGGAUGCUGUUCUAGACUUUAUGUUUACAAAUCCAAAAUACCCGAAUGGGAGGCCAAUGGUUGGACCCAAUGAUCUUCUAUAUUUUGCUGAUAUCUGUGCUGGUCCUGGGGGGUUUAGUGAGUAUGUACUAUGGAGAACCAAUGCAGAGGCUAAAGGAUUUGGUAUGACCUUGAAAGGAUCUUGUGAUUUCAAACUUGAGGACUUUUUUGCUGGCCCACCUGAGAUGUUUGAACCUCAUUAUGGUGUGGGAGGUAUCGAGGGAGAUGGUGAUAUAUUCCGUCCUGAAAAUCAACAAGCAUUUAUACAGUUUGUAAAAGAUAAUACAGACAAUCAAGGUGUACAUGUGGUCAUGGCAGAUGGAGGAUUUUCUGUUGAAGGUCAGGAAAAUAUUCAGGAAAUUCUCUCAAAACAGUUAUAUUUAUGUCAGUUCCUAGUUGCAGUGUCUAUACUUAGAACAGGUGGCCAUUUUGUAUGUAAAUUGUUUGACCUGUUCACACCAUUCAGUGUUGGUCUUGUAUAUCUCAUGUACAGAAUAUUUGAAGGUGUUUCUAUAUUUAAACCUGUGACAAGUCGACCAGCCAACUCAGAAAGAUAUAUUAUAUGUAAGAGUUUACGUAAGGACUGUGAACCGGUCAGACAGUACUUUCAUGAAAUAAACUUGAACCUGUCGGAACUACUGCGACCUACAUCAGACGAGGAUCUUACUGAUAUAGUGCCAAUGUCAUACCUACAAAACAAUGAAGCAUUCUAUGAGUAUAUAUGUGUGUCUAAUGAUAGUCUUGGAAAGCUUCAGAUAUUGAAUCUGCAAAAAAUUCGAGUUUUUACACAAAAUACUAACUUAUAUGAGACUAGACAAAAAGAUGUCAGAGCUACAUUAUUAAAGAAAUGGCAGGUAGAUGAUGAAGUUAGAACAGCCCCUGCUAAAUCCCGACCACAAGAGAAAAUACAGAGUCUUUUGGGUAAUGAUGACAUGAGUUAUUUUGAUCAUGUGACAGAGAAAUUAUCUGUGGAAAAUUUACGAACAAUCAAAGGUGUAUAUGAUUAUAGAUGUAUGGUAACAGGCGACAAUCCAGAUAAACACAUGUAUAUACUUAGUCUUGGGAGGUCAUCUGUGUUUCAAAGACAAUGUAGACCUAAUGCUCGCUGGACUAAAAUGGAAGAUGGUUUAAAAAUAGAACUACCUCGAGAUACAUUAAUAGAGGCAGAGAUUGUGAUUGAGCUGAGAGGGGAGGGAACUGGACAAAGGAAGAUCACAACAAUGCAUGCACUAGAUGCCCUCUUCCUGUAUGGUAAAGACGUUAGAAAAUUACACUUCAUUGAAAGAAUACAAAAGCUGAGAAAAUUUGCCAAAGCAAUUACAAAAUUAACAAGAAGUGACCUUGUAAGAUUAGUAGUUCCUGAAGUAUUCAGAUUUGAGGAAAUUGGUCAAAUAUUUAGCAGGUUGAAGUUGAAGAGAGUGAAAGGUGGAGGUCAGUUUGGCAGGUUAUGCUACUGUCCUAAAGAUAAUGUUGAUGAAAGGUUCUUUCGACCCACUGGAAUACAUAUCAUUAGAACUGUCAAAGAACCAUGGACUAUGCAAUGGAGUAGAUCACAGAAACGGAAAUAUUUCUUUAACUUACAUAAUGGAGAAUCUAAGUUUGAUUGUCCACCAGAUAGUAUAGCUAAUGUCAAGUCAACAAAGUUGCAAAGUUUUCAUUGGGCAUGGGAGGAAGGUGUGAAGUUGAUAGAAGACCAGCAAGGUGAUGAAGAUGACUCUAAAUUAUCAAAGGCAAAUGUGAUGGACUAUCUACACAGACUGUUGCCCCCAACAUGAAACAUUUAAAGCAUAAUAUAAGUGCCAGGAAAAUACUAAAUCUUGACAUUCAAGUCCUGAUUUUGCAGCAGAAUGUCACAGUGGAACGUCAUAGUACAGUGCCGUAUAUCAUGUGAUAUAUAAUUGAUUAUGGUGUUGCUAUAUCAGAUGUUAAAUGGAUAAUUCAUGUCUGAAUGAUUAUUGAAAUUGAACGAAAGAUAUUUAAGUAAUGAAAUUAUCAGAUCUUAGGUGAGACUUCUUUGAGAAUAUGUCAUAAUUGUAGCCAGUGCUGUUUGAGAGACACUGUUAUAAUCAUAUACAUUCUCAUUUUUAGGGAUAUUGUGAGCUAUUGUACUCACCCAGACGUUGGCAUUGGUGUCACACUUUGGUUAAGUUUCUGCAUGCAUGUUAGUUUCUCCAAAAUUACCGAAGGGAAUGGGUUGAAACUUCACACCUUUAUUUGAGAGCAUAAUAGAUGGUCACUGACCAAAGUCCAUAACUCUAACAUGGACUAUGAUAGGAUUAUGGCCCUCUUUGAACUAAGAAAAUUCUACAUUAUCCAGGCUCUUGUUUUACUAUCAAUCACUGAGAAUAGUGGAGCAUGCUGGUCUACUGACAGCUCUUGUUUGAAUUAGUGCCAUCCUUAUUGUUACUGUCAUGUUACAGUGUUUAUAUGUGUGUGUGACACUGUAACAUUUGUGAAUGCUGUUGACUUAUUUUAUCAGGUUGUGUUUGUAUCAAUGACUUUAUACAAUACAUAAUUAGUGAGUGAUACAAAGGGUAUAGUAACUUAUUUUACAAGACCUUAGUAUGUAAGACCUCAGUAAGUUAUAUGUAAGACCUUAGCAAGUUAUAUGACUUAUUAUAAUGAAUGUUAGAAUUUGAUAAGUAUCAGUUUGUUGAUGGUCAUGAUCUUAGUGUUAUUUCUGUGAAGAAUGUUUCUUGGAGUAUGACAAGUAGCAUGUACAUGUACACAGUUUCCUGCUUUAUAACUGUUAUAGUAUAAAGAUAAACUAUUUAGUCUUUAAAUGAAGUGAUACCUUGUGUUAAAGUUUAUUAAAUGAUAUAACACAUUAUAAUCAACUACAUGUAAUGUCAUAACAUGUUGUUAAACUUGAUUAAAUUUUCUUAGUUUUUAGCUCACCACACCUGAGUACAUAGUACUGAGAGGUGAGAUUUUGUGAUUGCGAUCGAUCAAAAUUGACCAGGCCUUAAAAUUGAUGUGGCCCCAGGAUAACUUUAUUUAUAUAGAUUAAUAUAGAAAACACAUUUAAGUUGUCUUGUGCUAAGGGCUUAAAUAUUUGGCAUUUAGUUUUGCCUACUGUAGUGGACCUCUUCAAAAGACACUUAAAUAAUCCCCGUGAGUGAUGUAGUGCACUCGUGGUUCUCUCAUCUUAGUCAUAUAUUUUGAUUGUAAUAUGAAUUUGUGUCAGUGGAGUUACUUUAGUUCAAAUUUUAACGGGAACAUUUAACUAAAAAGGUUACAUUUUGACCCGGUGUUAGAUGUGUUGGGUUUUCAUGCCUAUCUUAAUUUUCUCAGUUUAUAUGUAGUUGUUUUGACUUAUAUUCGGUCACUUUGACAAGACAUGUGAAAAUUGACCUGUAAUGUAUUUCAUGAACAUUUCAAUGCACCAAAGAAAAAGAUUUUAAAUUUGUUAAA